GGACCCACAUGCUCUAUGUUUUUGGCGGAAUUAACCAGAAAAUUGGCAAUGAAAAAGAAACAAGAAGAAGAAUCCCCAAAAAAUAUUGUUCAGACAAUAAUAGACAGCAUUACAAAUGCGUUGCCAGUCAAGCUUUCAAAAAAGUCGCCACAGAAGUGUUUAUCACCAAUACAAAUUGAGACGUUACAAACAUUUGCACCAGAAUUAACACCUAAGGACACAAUAAACUUCCCUCUUCCUACGACCACAACAAGUAACAUCGAAGAUGUUUCUAUGGAAGACAUAGAAAUCUCGAGUCCACCAAAGCCUGGAACAUUUAAAAUGCCCAAAAUGCCAUUAGUUAAUAGCGACAUAUUAAAAGCAUCAGCAGCUACGGCAGAAAGGGAAAGGAAAAAUCAAAUGCAAGAUCAAUCCGUUAACACAGGCACAGAUCACGAUGUUGCUUCAGAAAUUGCGAAACAUGUUGGCACGUUAAGAAAAAUUUCUUUGAUUGCUGAAGAGUUUAACCAAAAAACUGCGAAAAAUUUAAAAGAAAUAGUAGACAGUGUCCAAGAGGAUUUGAUAAAGAAACUAGAAGAAAUACAAGCAGAGCAGAAAGCUAAUCAAGACAAACACAUGACCAUCACUGAAGAUGAAAGCGUUGCGGACAGUGACGACUAA